GGAUUAGACUGAGAGCUGAUGGGAAAAUUUAUAAUGUUAAUCUUUACCAGCAUUAGUAACAGUUUGUAAAAGUCAAAGCUAAUACCCAGCUACUUUGGGUCAAAUUGGAGGAUAUUGGUGUGACUACAUCGCGGAGGCUGCAAACAGCUCUUUUGAAAGCUUUCUUUCUGAGUGAGAAAUAUGGCUGAUGAACAAAAUCAAAAUGCAGAUCAAAAGCCGCGAAGACGAAAGAAGGCUAAGAAGCAAAGAAUUAUAUCUUCCACCGGAACCACCAUCUUUAUGAUAAUAAAUGUUUUCCUGGUUAUAAUUGGUGGUACAUUGAUCCUGGGUGGAAUCAUUGUCAAAUAUGGCUCAGCCAAAAUGGAAGUACAGUUACAACCACUUUACAAAACAAUGGCAGAGGCAAUAUCUGAAGCAGACAUGCCAGAUUUUGGCAGAUAUGUUGAUAUCACACAUAAGGUGGCAUUGGGAUUCAUUGUAACUGGAGCAUGUCUUCUCUUCAUUGCACUGAUAGGUUGUUGUGGUGGUUGUUGCCAAAAUAGGUCAUUACUCAUUCUGUAUGGAUUUUUGUUAACAUGUGUGAUGGUCACAGAAACUGGUUUUGUUAUAUUGCUGUUUUCGGCUAAGAAAGAAAUGAAAGACUCUAUGAAAGAACCAAUGAUUACCAAUCUGAAAAACAUGUAUGCUGGUCCUGAAAAAGAAGAUGUAACUUCAUAUGGUUGGAAUUUUGUUAUGUCUACGUUCCAGUGUUGUGGGAUCAAUAACUACACAGAAUUUCAUUAUGCCAAAAAAUGGGACCGGAGAACUAAAAUUAGGGGCAUGCAAUACUUGAAAAUAAUUCCUGAUACCUGCUGUUCUCGCAGGGUUGAUAUUUUAAGUGAAAAACAGUUCAAAGAAAUGACUGACACAAACUGUACUAUUAAUCCGACUCUUACAAAUUCAUAUAUUGGAAAGAGUUGUUGGGGUACAAUACAGGCUUUAUUAAACGAACAGAGUGGACUGAUGAUGGGAAUUGGUGUAACAGUGCUAGGAUUUGAGAUUCUUGUCUUUGUUAUAUCACUUAUAGAAGCCAAUGCAGGUACAUUCACCAAAGAAAAAAAGGCUUUAAAAUGCCGGAGAGGAUCCUGGAACUCUUUGAAAAAAUAUGGUUCUGAUGGCUGCGGUAAAUAUUUACCUGUGCAGAGGUAUCCGAAAGGGAGCAAGAAAGUAAAUCAUGGUUUGGAGACUCUGUUGUGAAGCAUCUGAUCUGCUCAAAUUUUUGGCAAUAGAACAAUAGGCAAAGAACAGACAAAAAUAUACCCUGCAGCAGAGGUCCAUAGUAUGAGAAACCAAUGACAGGAAUCCAUCUUGAGGAGGUGAACACCAAUAGCAUUGAAACCGAAAAACAUGAAUGGCAUUAGAGAUAUCAAAAUGCCAAAAUACAGUGUCCUAUAACUGGCAUGACAAAAUGCCAUGAAAAUAUGGUGCAGAAGACCAUGUGGAUAAAUUGAUCAAUGCAUAUAUAUAUAUAUAUAUAUAUAUAUGUUUUACAUUAAUAUCACAGCAUCUGAAUGUAUGUCAUUAUACAUUUUAUAUUGAGGCAUAAAUCUCUAUACAUAUGCAAAUUACCUUUUGUUCAAUUACGUUUUUUCAUGCAUAUGUUUGAAAGUAAAUGUAAAGUUUGGUAGCAAAUGUUCUUUGAGAAUAUAUAUAUAUAUAUAUAUAUAUAUAUAUAUAUACGAUAUAUAUAUGAUAUAUAGAUUCCUGCAUACUCAUAUAUAAUGAGUGUAUAAUUUUAAGACGUGUCUCUAGAAACUCAUGCUUGAGUCCAAAGUUUAUAUUCUGAAAACUGGACUUAAUUUUCGUGCCUCAGUUUAUUUUUUUAUAUGUAUAUGUCUUUUGCAUGUUUCUGGAACUUAAGCAAUAUGCUACAGCACCAUUUUUUAAAUGUUGUGUACUACAUAUACUGGUAUGUGCAAUGCGGUAUCUUGAUUUGUGUCGUGAAGGUAUCCCUUCAAUUAUUCAUAUACACACACACACACAUAUAUAUAUAUAUAUGUAUAUGUGUUCAUAUGUACACAUAUAUGUAUAUUUUAUAUAUAUAUAUACGCACACACACAUAUAUAUAUAUAUAUAUAUAUAUAUAUAUAUAUAUAUAUAUAUAUAUAUAUAUAUAUAUAUAUAUAUAUAUAUAUAUAUAUAUAUAUACAUAUAUUUCUGGGUUAAUAGAAAAAUAAUGUCAAAAAAUUAUAAAACUAUCUUGUUGGAAGAUUUGUUUUUCGUUUUCCAAACUUUUUCAUCUUUCUUAUGAUCUUCCAAUGUAAUAAAGUGAAAAUGGUAAAUGAUAAUCUAGUUUUCAGUCUUUCAUUAUAAUAAACUUAAUAAAUAUAUCACCGAAUUAUUGUUUCCGAAACAAAACAGUCAUGUCAAUUUAACAUGGUUUAAUUGCUUACUUAUUCUCCUCUUACUACUACUACUACUACUACUACUAGCAACUGUGACUAAACCCCAGACCAACAAAAGCUCUGCAAAAACAGGUUAAAGCCCAUCUAAUAUACUGAUAUCUAUCUAUCUAUCUAUCUACACACACACACACACACACACACACACACAUAUAUAUAUAUACAUUGUGUAGGCAUUGCAAUACUAAUAACAUGGCGUUGAAUACAAUAUACAUAUGCUUCUGGACAAAGCAUUAGUUGAGUACAGAGCAUUAAUAAGAAGAAUGAGGUGACAAAACAGCUAUAAAAUGCGGUGGACUCAUAGUUGAGUAUCUAAGUAGCACCAUAUAGCUUCAUCAGAGUAUGUUGUUGUUGUUGGUGGUGGUAGAGGAGUGACGGCACAAUAAAUCCUUAGCAAUAUUUAAUUCCAUCUCUGUUCCAUUAAUGGUGGUAACUAGCAGUAUUGGUUUUACAUCAAAUAAAAUAGCUUACAGCUUUUAGCUAUUUCUUUUUUUGACAUUCUUCUGAGUUCAAAUUUUGAUGAGAUUGAAUUUGUUCGUCAUCCUUCUACUAACAAUGUAAUAAAAUACCAUUCAUGUUCUGGA